AUGCAACUUCGCUUCGGCACCAGCAUCCUCUUCUCUGCGUUGACUCUCCUCAAGGGCCUCAGCGGAGUCGCCACUCAGAGCACCACCACCACCGUCGGCUCCAUCUCCUCCAACAUCGAAGGAAAUGCCUUCGCCGCCGUCUUCGAGCUCGUCGACGAAUCCGGCCAACGCCAGAUCUACUACUACGCCUCCACGCUCACCCCCACCACCCCCGGGUUCACCAGCACGAGCAUCCAGCUCACGUACAACAGUACGUCUCAGCUCACGGAGACGGAAUAUAUCAUCGAAGGGAAUGUCGGGAAUGGGGAGUUGAGCUUGGUGCUCACUGGGCCGGGACAUACGGAGGGUCCGAUUAUUCAGGCGACGUUGGCACAAAGCUUUGAUAAUGUGGAGUUGACGAAUGUGAGGCAUGGGUAUUGGAACAAUUUUCCGGUCGAGUUUCUCCUUUGA